UUCCAAAGUGUAGGCAGGACGACUCAAUCUCUUUUCAGCUUGGGAACACUAUUGAAACACAUGACCCAAUUUCUAUCUCCAAAUUGAUUUUUAACUCAUCAGAUGACUUCCUGGGACAUGCAACUGAAAAUGAUCGUUGUCUUCCCAUUUCACCCCAAGAGGAAAUUAGGAACUCUAAGUUCAACAGAGUGAUCUGCCGCAAGGCUAAUUUCGUUACCUCGGAAAAUUGCUUGCUAACAGAUAACCCGAACACACAACUAAAGAUUUACAGGAAAACAAACAAAAACAAAAGGCGUCACAGCAUGAGGACGAGGUCCCAGUCUAGAGAUUUCCCUUGGGUCUAGAUUAGUUUUUUUCGUUUUUUCCUUUCCCGUAUUGUUUUUACUUUCAUUUCCUUUCGCGCUUUGUAAUAUGAUCUUUUAUCAAUAAAAUACACUUUUUAUUAAAAAAAAAAAAAAGAAAUGAUGUCAU